ACACGAUUGACACGUCAGGCUAUGAGGCUACCGUUGUUCUUGUAGCGCGGUGCUUACUAAUUUUCUCUUAUUUAAAACAUAUAAUGGAAAUAAUUUAAAAUGGGCGGACAAAAAUUUGAAUAUGAUGAAAGUGGAGCAACAUACUUUUAUUUUGUUUUAUCAUUCCUUGCGCUAAUAUUAGUGCCGGCGACAUUUUAUUAUUGGCCAAGAAAAAGGAAAGAAGAUCCAGCCAAACAAGCAGAACUAUGUCAGUGUCCAAGUUGCAUACAAAAACAAAUUAUCAUAGAACAGUCCCAACCAUAUAAGAAUGUUAAAAAUUUCUUUAUCAUGUUAGCAAUUAUCUCAGGAUGGGUACUGUUCGCUUUUCUUGCUAUUAAAGUCUCCCAAUUUGAUUAUGAGAUGUCUAAUUUUGACCCAUAUGAAAUAUUAGGAUUACCUCCCGGAGCAACACAAGCGGAAAUAAAAAAAUCUUAUCGUAAGCAAUCAUUAAUACUUCACCCUGAUAAGGAAACGGGAGAUGAAAAAGCUUUUAUGAAAUUAACAAAAGCAUAUCAAGCUCUAACAGAUGACGAAGCAAGGAGAAAUUGGGAGAAAUAUGGCAACCCAGAUGGGCCUGGAGCUAUGAGCUUUGGUAUUGCUUUGCCAAGCUGGAUCGUAGAGAAAGAAAACAGUGUGUGGGUGCUAGGACUGUAUGCAUUAGUGUUUAUGGUUGCAUUACCUACAGCAGUUGGUACCUGGUGGUAUCGCUCCAUCCGGUUUUCAGGAGAACAAGUGUUGUUAGACACAACACAAAUGUAUUUUUAUUUUUGUCAUAAAACACCUUCAAUGCCUUUAAAGAGAGCUUUGAUGAUUUUAGCGGCAUCAUGUGAAUUUGAUAGACGACACAACUCGGAAAUAAUUGAGAGAAUAACUGAUAAUGAGGAAGUUCCUAUGUUACUUCGUGAGCUGCCAAAUUUGGGCGAAAAAAAUAAGGAGCAACCAUUAUGUCGGCCUUAUAGUAUUAAGGCUCGAGCAUUGUUGCACGCGCACUUGUUGCGCAUGCGCCUGCCUCAGGACACGUUAGAGGUCGAUCGGCGGUACAUCGUUUCACGCUGCCCAGAUCUCAUUGUGGAGAUGGUGAAUUGUGUUAAUCAGCUCAUUGCUCUUGCAUACGCUAGAAGAAUACCUCGUUUACCAACCAUAGGAACAAUCGAAAAUUGCAUGAAGCUAUCUCCAAUGAUAGUUCAGGGACUAUGGGAUAAAAAAUCGCCCCUACUGCAGCUGCCAUAUAUAACAGACGACCACUUAAAAUAUUUUGUAAAUCGUAAAAAACCUAUCAAAUCUCUGUUGCAACUCGCUCAACUAUCUGGUGAAGAGAGGAGGCAGGUUCUUAGAUUUUUAAAUGACAAACAGUUUGACGAUGUAAUGAAAGUGCUGGGCAACAUGCCUUACAUCCAUUUCCAAGUUAACACUGAAGUUAUCGACGAUGAGAACUCUACAGUAGUGACAGCCGGCGCCAUAGUAACGGUGACCGUGUUCCUCCGUAGGACUAACAUGAAGGAGCUCUUUGGAGACACAAGUAUUAAAGAAAAGAAUACUAUGAAGGACGACGAGGAUGGCGGUGGAGAAAACGGGGAGAAGGGAGAGAAUGACAAAAAUGACAAAAAGGAUGCGCAAAAACGACCAGUCUGGAUGAAACAGAAAAAGCACGCGCCGGCUAAGAAGAGUAAAAAGCCAGCGCCCAAACAACAAGCCAAGCCAGCACCGGCACCAGCGCCAACACCAGCGGCAGCACCGGCGACCCCUGCCACUGAACAAAAGUCUAAAGAUAAGGAACCAAAGAAAAAAGACGACGAAGGUCAAGGCGAGGAGUCCGACGAAGGCAGCUCCGACGAAUCCGGCUCCUCCAGCGAGGGCUCCGGAGACAAGUCCGCGCCCGACGCAGAGGACGACGACCAGUGGGACAAGUUCCAGAAGCGGAUACAGAAACGAGAGCGACUCGAGGGAAGGUCCAAGAGCUCGCAUCCCGUGCACUGCCCCUACUUCCCAUCGGAGAAGCAGGAGUACUGGUGGUGCUACAUCUGCGACCGAAAGUCCAACACGCUGCUGACGGCGCCCGCGCACGUCACGGCGCUCGUGUCGUCACACGAGCUGCAGCUGCGCUUCACCGCGCCGCGCUGGCCCGGACUGUACACCUUCGUGUGCUGUCUGCGCUCAGAUUCGUACAUCAAGAUGGAGCAGGAGCAGGACAUGAAGCUGGACGUGAAGGGGGCGGCCGCCGUGCCCGCCGAGCACCCGCAGUGGGACCUCAGCGACUCCGACUCGGAGAACAACGACGAGGGCGGCAACGAGAGCGAGUUUACAACAGACGACGAGGUGGAGGAGGAGUAAUAUUAUAUUAGUUAUUUUUAUAGAGUUUUUAAUGAGGUGUGCGAGGAAUAAACUUGUUGUAUGGGUCGAGAGCGGUGAAUAUAGUAACUUUUAUAUUCAAAA